AUGGUCAAUGGGCAGAAGAAGGGGGUGGGAAGCAAAUCCAAGCAGAGCGGAUCUUUACUUUCUUCCUCCAUCGCCCGCGUCGGCCGCCAUUCGCCGGCCCCUGCAUCCCCGCUCGCCGGCACGGCGGCACCCACCCACUCGAGUCCCUCCCCGCGCACCGCCGUAUCCCCGGCCACGGUCAUAUUCUGCUCGUCCGCGGCAUCAAGCGCCGCUCCAGCUGAUCGGUCACCCGCCUCCAAGGUCGCCGGCAUCGAGGCCUUCCAGCGUCGACGCACCUCGGAGGACGGCCAAUUGGAGGACGUAUGGGGAAAACGGCCAGCCAUCCGGAGCGUGGAGCUGCGACUGGAUGACGCUCGCGCAGGCUGCCCAGUCCAGUCCGGUCUUGAGCUAGCUCAAGGGAGACGUCGACCAGCCCUGCAACUGCAAAAGGAAGACCCUGGGCAUGCCCAUGAUGGCCAGUACAGCAAGACCCAUGGGACUGCUCAUGCUUUAAAGCCAAAGACUUCACUCCAAGAGCAUACUACGUUGCGAGCAAUACCAACUCAGAGUGCCCUGAGGAGGUCGAGGCGUUGUCGCAAACUCAGAGAGCAUAACCUUACGCUGUCGUGUGUGGUGUUGCGGUGGAUGGACUCCGUUGCGCGCCGUGGGUUGCUUUGGCUAUUGGGGAUGCGAGGCAGCAGCAUCAACAAGAGGCAAGUGGAGUUAGACGUGGCUUGGAGGUGGAUAAGGAACCUUGGAGGAGUAGCUUUGAGUUAUUGCCUGGACACAAUCAGAAAUACUCCCUCCAGUCUCUUUUAAUUGACUCGGAUUUAGAACAACUUUGUACUAAAUUUGAGUCAAUUAAAAAUGACCCGAGGGAGUACAUAAGAAGCUGCUUUUCACGCUCCAAAUGUUAC